AGCGACGGAUCGAUCGGGAGCGAGCGAAGCGAACAAAAGCGCCCCACGGACCUCACCGUCCUUCUCCAUGCCCUAGCGCGCACAGCACGGCACAGCCCACCAGCAGGAGCGCCGCGCCGCGCCGCUCCCCUCCCCCCUUCCCUGCCCGCCCCGAGGUCUUUGGUUUGCUGCCCUCCAACACCGUGCUGUGACAUAGCCUCUUGAUAGCAUACCAAGUCAAGAGGUAAUCAUGGCCGAUUCCAUGGCGGAUUCGAUGGUGGCGAGCUUCUGGGGGCCGGUUACAUCAACCACUGAGCUGUGCGAGGAGAACUAUGCGCGCUCGUCAUACAUCGCAGAGUUCUACAAUACUCUCUCUAAUGCCCCGUGCAUUCUUCUGGCGCUUAUUGGGCUCGUGAAUGCUCUCCGCCAGCGUUUUGAGAAGCGCUUCAGCGUCCUGCACAUAUCCAAUAUGAUACUUUCUAUUGGGAGUAUCAUCUUCCAUGCAACCUUGCAACAUGUCUUACAGCAGAGUGAUGAGACUCCAAUGGUGUGGGAAAUCCUCCUAUAUCUGUAUGUCCUUUAUUCACCAGACUGGCAUUACAGGAGCACCAUGCCUACUUUCCUUGUCCUAUACGGUGCUGCAUUUGCUGUAGUUCACUUCUUCGUGCGAUUCCAAGUAGUAUUCAAGUUGCAUUACAUUGGCCUCUGCCUUCUGUGCAUCCCGCGGAUGUACAAGUACUACAUUCAGACGAAAGACCUGGCUGCCAAGAGGCUCGCGAAGCUGUGGGUUCUUACCAUAUUCCUGGCGACAGUUUGCUGGCUAGUUGAUCGCAUCUUCUGUAAGAAGCUCUCGCUCUGGGUCAUCAACCCGCAGGGACACGCAUGGUGGCAUGUGCUUAUGGGCUUCAACUCGUACUUUGCAAACACAUUCUUGAUGUUCUGCCGAGCUCAGCAGCGUGGGUGGGAGCCGCGCAUUAUCCACCUCUUUGGAUUUUUGCCUUAUGUCAAGAUUCAGAAAUCCAGAAAGAGGGAGUAAGUCAUCUGUCGAGUCGAUCAGCGGUGUUCUCCAGGACCAGAAAUCUAAUGCCCACCAAGCGCGCAAAAAAACAAGCGGUGGCAUUUUUUGUAAAUGGGCUUCCAAGUGAUUACGGACUACAAAUGAAUGUCAGUCAGUGAUGUCUCGAUUGAUUUUGGUAACUUUUAACUAACGCCCUGUUUUGUACCAUACUUGAUUUCAACCAGAGAUUAGCUGGAGUGUCCGUCUCUUACUUUCAAUCUUGCAGCAGUUUGUCUUUGCGAACUUAUAGGACUUCAUAUUUUUAUUCUUUGAAUUUGACUUGAAAUGGGAUUGAAUUGUAUUAGUUUAACUUA